GUAACGUGUGAUAGUCCGUUACAACAGUCUCCCUGAGCUGAACGAGGUAUUUUGAACGUUUGGGAAGACCAACUGAAACUGCGAGCCUGGUACCGUUGUCGAUUAUGUCUGAAUCAGUUCUAACAAGCGCUCGAUAUGGCAAAGACCUCAUUCGGGUCUUUCGUGUUGUUCGGGAUGGCGAAUUUCACCAAGUCGUGGAGUACAAUGUCAGGGUACUCCUGGAAGGCGAUAUCGAGACCAGCUACCUGGUUGCAGAUAACUCCGUCGUUGUCACAACCGACGCUAUAAAGAACAUCACAUAUUAUCUUGCCAAGAUUUCACCCCACAUCCUCAGUCCGGAACGGUUCGCAUUGCACCUCGGAACUCACAUAGUUUCCAAGUAUGCACACAUACACCGUGCAUUCAUCACCGUGGAGAAGUUGCGUUGGUCUCGCAUUGCAUUGAGUGCAAAUGACCACCCGCACCCGCAUUCGUUUGUUAGGGACGGGAACGACAGACAGACAGUCGAAGUCGAGGUCGAUGCCUCUGCUGGCAAGGACAAGCUCUCAGCUAAAGUAACUUCGGGACUUACCGAUCUCUUGGUGCUCAAGUCGGGUGGUUCUGCGUUCUAUGGAUUCGUUCGCGAUGAGUACACUACGCUGCAAGAAGUGGACGAUCGUAUUUUAUCAACCUCUGUGGACCUGACUUAUACCUUCGCGCCCUUAUCGCUCAGCUCUCCCACUGAUGACAAGAAACUCGAUUUCACUGUCCCUGAAGGCUUCGCCCUCGGUGACGUCUGGGACGCAGCUAAUGUUGCGACGCGGGUGAGAAAUGCAACGCUUGAUAUUUUUGCUCUUGAUGCCAGCGCUAGUGUGCAAGCAACGUUGUUUAAGAUGGGGCAACGCGUCAUCGCGGAGAACGCGGGUGUCGAGUCCGUCACUUACGAGCUCCCAAACAAGCAUUAUAUCCCAGUCGACAUGAAGUACAUUGGGGUGGAUAACACUACACCGGCGAACGCUGAAGUAUUCGUGCCCGUAUCCGCCCCAAGCGGAUUGAUCUCCGCCACGAUCUCUCGCAAAUAGGUGACAUCAAAUUGCGUCACACGCUAAAUUGCCAGCAUUGUCUUGACGACGGGGAAGGUCAAUUUGUUUAGGUUUUCGAACUUUUGCUUUGAAUAUUUUGGAGACAAGGGGAUGGAGAAUACAAGGGAUGUGGAGGAAGGUAGUGGAAUGGUCGAACAGAAUAAUAUAAUGACAGUUAGGAGAAAUGUAUGUAAAGAGAUUUGAUAUUAAGUAAGUGAAAAGCAGUGUGGACCGAUAAGGUAUAU